AUGACGUCGACGAUAUUCCAACUUAAGAAAGCAAGUGCUGUGAAGUUUGUGGGAGUGAAAAACACAGGACUUCCCCGAGAGAGUCUUGAUAAUAAAAUGAAGGAGGUUGGGGAGUGCCUUGUGCAAAUAGUCAAUCACGAGAAACCAAGAUUGCCAUUGGACUUUAUUUAUAGCGAUGUGCUUGAUAUUUGCUAUGCACCGAACAAAGAAACGAUUGAAAAGAUGAUAGGGCUUGUAGACACCAUUCUGAAUGACUUAGCAAAGAAGACAAGAGCACAUCUCAGUCUCGACGAGUCACUUGAGAAUUUGAAUUUGAAUUAUUUAGAAUUUUCAAAGACGUUGCGACUGUUAAAGAAUUUGUUCAUCCCAUUUGAUAGAGUCUCUAAA